AUGGACCCAUAUACUCCGCGAACGCGUCCAGCGAGUCGCAAAACCCUUACACUCUCCGCCAAGGAGUACACAAAGGUGACCGGGACCAUCGCGUCUGUACGGAGGAACCGACAGCUCUCCCAAGCAGAGAAUGAUGACCUCGCUCAGAAUGUCGAGCCAUCAUUCAUCGCAGAGGAAUCCUUUGUCCGAGCGCCUCUCAAUUCACGCGUCGUGUCCAGCGCCGGCAUGCACAAGUCCAAAGGAAAGGCCAAGGAGGAGAGUUUGCACGAUAUGCCUGUCGAGAUACAGGAGGCGGUCAUAUUGGAGGAUCUGCUCUACGUGCUCAUGGGCAUUGAGGGAUCGUAUAUUACCUUCCACGAAGAAUAUUCCCCAGAGGAUGAUGACCCAUUGCAAGGCAUUCUCUUUGUCGUCUCCAAAUGGCUAGACCCUUCUUUACGCGACCUCGUCGAGCGGAUUCUCCCACUCGCGACUUACUACACCGCAAUAUCCUCUUUCAUUGAGCUUCGCAGCCACUUCGACUUCGGACUGGUGAACCAUGCCCUAUGUGCAUGUAUUCGUGACAUGCUGAAGGACUACCAAACCCUUCUCUCACAGCUCGAACAUGCGUUCAACACAUCCCCGCAGUUUACCCUCCAGAAGCUUUGGUUUUAUGUUCAUCCGACCGUGCAUACGCUCUCUCUGAUCUACCAGCUCACUACCGAGCUUGCUACUGCUGAUGAGGAUCCAUCUGCACUAUCAUCUCCCUCAGAUUUGUCCGACGACGAAGAUGCCGCACGGAACGAGGCGUUGGGCCUCGGGGGUGCGAAGCUGAAAGCGGUGCUGUCCGAGCUGGAUCGGGGUGGGAUUGAAGCAAGUAGUAUCGCAGUGAAAGGCGGAGAAGUUCUUGCCAUACUGCACGAACGGAUGCAGAACAUGUCAGGAGACCCGACCGCCCGCGCUGCAUAUGGGAAACUACUUGAAGCGGCAGGCAAGCCUUAUGUGGCAAUGCUUCAGAUGUGGACACGGACGGGGAAGUUGCUGGACCCUUAUGAAGAACUUUGCGUCAAAGAGAGCAAGUUCAUUGAUCGAGGGACGUUGGAAAUGGAUUACACCGAUGAGUAUUGGGAGAGGAGGUACACGUUAAGAGAUGGAUCAACCCUGUCGGCUCCAAACAAGCGGCAACAGGCUGGUGUACCCCCACCUCGAACUGUGAGCGGACGUUUACCUGGCGGAGCGUGCAUUCCACCCUUGUUGGAGGGCUGGAAACACAAGGUGCUCCUUGCGGGCAAAUAUCUGAACGUCAUCCGAGAAUGCGGAAUCGAAAUCGGAAAUAAUUCAUCCAAUCACGAGGAGCAGUACUCCAUAGACGGCGAGAAAUUCUAUAAAUCCAUCGAAGAUGAUUACACCCACGCAAACCGUACACUUCUGCAGCUCCUGCUCAAGGAUCAAGAGCUUAUACCACGUUUACGUUGUCUCAAGCGAUACUUCUUCCUUUCGCAUGCUUCCUUCCUCACACACUUUCUUGACCUCUCACACAUGGAGUUGCGCAAGUCGGCUAAAUCAGCGUCGUUGGUCAAGCUCCAAAGUUUGCUCGAUCUUGCCCUUAGCGCGGAUGCACACGGCGACGACAUGUUGUUCAGAGAAGAUGUUAAGGUUACCAUGGCGACCAGUGGACUGUACGAAUGGCUGUCGAAGGUCGUAAAUGUGAGUGGGGUCAUCAGCACUGAGGAGGGCGAGAACGGAGAUGGAGUGCACGAAGAGCACAAAAAAGAGAAGGACAAAGAUGACAAGAAACCGAUGCUAGCGAUCGAUGCGCUCACGCUCGAUUUCAAUGUCAAAUUUCCGCUGUCUCUCGUCAUCUCCCGCAAAACCAUUUUGCGCUAUCAACUUAUCUUUCGUUUCCUUCUGCAUCUCAAGCACGUCGAACAAUCGCUUUCCUCUAUGUGGAUUGAGCACAAGACAACACCAUGGCGGCGCGCCGUGCCCGUGCAUUCUGAGUUCGAGCGCUGGCGAUUUAGAGUGUUUUGUCUGAGGGCGAGGAUGCUGGCAUUUGUUCAGCAGAUCCUUGCGUUUGUCACCUUUGAAGUCCUCGAACCAAAUUGGCGUGCCCUCGAGGCUAAACUGGCGAAGGUCGUUACCGUCGACCAGCUUCUCAGGGAUCACGUAGAUUUCUUGGAUACAUGUUUGAAGGAGUGCAUGUUGACGAGCUCAAAACUACUCAAAGCUUAUUCUCGAUUGAUUGUGACCUGUUCAACGUUCGCAAUGUACACAGCGUCCUUCACAAAAUCCGCCAAUCAUGCGCUCGCUGCAGCAGAGUCACCCGAAGGCGAUCAGGGCAUGGCGAAGCGCUUGGAUGUCCUUAGCAAAUUCGAGACAAAUUUCAAUCACUGGUGCCAGGUUCAUAUUGACUGCGUACAGUUCUACGCGUCGAGUGAAAACGUCUCGCUCCUUCCUCUUGUCGUCCGACUAGACAGCAUCAAGUCGACAUCGUAGGGAUUGUACCCGCGGCAGCCCGUCUCCAACACCUUUGGUUAACAUAUAGUACUAAUGGGUCAUUAGAUUGUUGUAUUUUUAUGCAUACCGCGGGGCUCUUUCUGCCUCGUACGACUGAUGUGUAUUGUAGAAUGUCGAGCAGAGCCUUUUUAAUAGUUACAUCGAAAUCGUGGGGAAAAUAUACUGUAUUGGGAU